UUCUCGGCCGGCGGGAGGAGGCGCCAUGUUGAGCCGGCUUCAGGAGCUGCGGAAGGAGGAGGAGACGCUGCUUCGGUUGAAGGCGGCCCUGCAUGACCAGCUGAACCGGCUCAAGGUUGAAGAACUAGCCCUCCAAUCAAUGAUUAAUUCUAGAAGAGGGGAUGAGGUGCGGUCUUCUCAGCCUGCAUCUGAACAGCCACAUGAUCAGAUGUUGGUACAUGUAGACAAUGAAGCAUCAAUCAACCAAACUGCACUGGAGUUGAGCACAAGGAGCCAUGUGCCGGAGGAGGAAGAGGAGGAGGAGGAAGAAUCAGAUUCCUGAAGGUGGGGAAGAGCCAAGGUGAAAUGCACGUCUGAACAGAGACAGGCAUGGCAAAGAGGCCUGAAAGCAACAUGGCAUGCCACCUGGCAGGGGCUUCACUCCUCGCUGCUUCCCAAAUACUUAGACACCAGCCGCGUGGGUCGGUGUGCUGGGCUGGUUAAGGCCGAUGGUGGAGCAGAGCCAACCUGCAAAAUCCACUUCCUCACCGUCAGAUCUCUUGAUAAAGGCAUGAACCUGUGUGCAAGGAAACAGUAAGUUAAAAAAGCAAAAGGAAAUUUCAAAAGUCCUGGGUCUAGACUCGGGGACUAGUCUUGGAACCCCAGAUACUGCCUGCCAUCGGGCCGAGGUAGGGGGCCAGGAAGGUGGCCAGCUGCCACCCUGAAAGCCUGCUCUGCCUGUUUCAUCAGCCAUGACGCCUUAGCUACUCACUUCCCUGAGCCUGCCCUCCUCCAGGGCGAACUGGGGGUAGUAGCUCUGCCCUGGGCACCUCACAGCGGGGCUUGAAGAACAAAAUAAUGAAUGGAUGGACUUGGCCAUGUGUGUGAUACUGUACGGGCUCUGCAGGCUCAGAUAUGUUCCAGUAUCACUUCCCCACUCUUCUGAGAGCGAAGCUGUGGAGGACGCUGAAUACAAGGUGAGCCCGUCGGUGGUAGAAAAGGCCCUGUCCUUACAAAGGAGUGGGUUGGCCCAUUCCUUCCCUCUGCUUGUCCCAUACGCUCACGGGUGGACACAGGAGACUUCCAUUUGGGAUCCUGCAGCCCCAGGGUCAGUGGGCCCAUACUGGUCAAGGCAGCAGGGAAUGGGCUGUGGGAGGACUGGGCCGAUGACUGUCCGAGAAGGACAAAUGAAUAAACAGGUUGUGUACAGACUGGAAAUAAAUGGACUUACCAUGAGUUGCUUCAGA